UGAUUGGGUUGGCUGCUACUUUCAACUUUCGACGCAUGUUUUCUUUUCUUUCCUCUGCCAAAUCCUUCUUCACCUUUUCCUCUUUACUUUAAUUUGUGCACAAGAUUAGCAUUUUCUUUUGGGCACAAACGAACACAAUAAGCCUCUUGAACCCCUGAAUCUCAUGCCUUCAAUUUCCAUGUUAUCGACUACAAUUGACACACCCAGUGUUUGCAAAUGCCCAAGAAUCGCUGCUUCUUGGACCAUGACUAUGGAUUCGAAUUUUCCCCCACCAUUGAAUAACAAGAAGAAGAAAGAAGUUUCAGUGCAGCUUUCAAGUUCAACGCCACCCGUGCCCAGCAGGGUAGAGACUUUAAGGUUCUGCGAUCUCCAUUUUGAUAGGUUGCAGCCUUCAGACCAAGAAUUGGAUCAACACAAUAGAUUUGAGUUUGGCCAAUUUGUUGCACGACAAGCCUUUCUUGAUGAAGAGUAUUGGACUGCAGCAUGGCUAAGGGCAGAAAGUCAGUGGGAAGAUCGAACAUAUGAACGAUAUGUUGAUCAUUACAAAAGGAAUUUUGCAGAUGAGGAAUUUAAUGCGAUAAAGAAGCGGUGCAGGGUGCAAAAUGGGGAGAGUUGCACAUGCAUUAUCACGGUGAGGAAGGAGAAGAAGAAUGUAAAACGAUCAAUAUUAAAAAGUGUUGUAGGAACACUUGAUUUGAAUAUCCGAUAUUUGCUGCAAGGGGAGAAAUUUCCUGGGGAACGGGUAAAGGCUCCUCCUUUUUGUAGCAUCAAUAGAACACCAUCAAGCAGAUAUGGCUAUAUAGCAAACUUAUGUGUCGCCAAAUCAGCUCGUCGCCAGGGUAUUGCAAGCAAUAUGUUAUAUUUUGCUGUUGAAUCUGCAAAGUCUAUUGCAGGUGUGGCACGUGUAUAUGUUCAUGUGGACAGAAAUAAUAGACCUGCCCAAAUACUCUACCAAAACUUGGGCUUUGAGAUAGUUGAAAUGGCGAACUCCCUGUUGUUAAAUGAUCAAACAUACUUGCUUCAUUUACAGACGUAAAGCACCAAGAUAUUAAUAUUGCUUCGAUUGGAUAGCUUCUUAACAGUAACAGUCGUGAAUUCCAUAUCCAAAUACCCCCGAUUCCUGUAAUUAAUAGAGGUUUAACGGUACAGUUGAUGUAAAUGCAUGUAUAUGUCCCUUUUAUACAAAUUUAACGAGAACCCCUUUUUCUCUUCCCCCUUCCUCCUUCCCUUUAUAACUUUAAAGAUUUUUUUUUUCUUA